AUGUGGGUUUAUAACGGGCUGAUCGCUAUUACGUACCUUUACUAUACGCACCACGACGUGCACUAUUACGAGGCCGACAGCUGGACCUUUGUUAAGGGUGCCGUCGCUACCAUCGACCGUGAUUUCGGCUUUAUCGACCGCUACAUUUUCCGUGGCAUUAUCGGCACCCACCGCAUCCCCUUCUACUACGCCGAGGACGCGACCGAGGCCAUCAAGCCGUCUUGGGCGACCUUUACCACUGCGACAACCGCAACUUUGUCACGACCCUUUAGGACACCUUCACGACGUGCAACUUCACAGUCGCUGAAGCUGCAGGACUCGCAAACACAGGUGGCCAUUUAUAGCUUUCCUCCUAGCACCGUGUGA